CUAACUCCCCCAUCCCCCUCCAAUACACACAAUGGAUCUUUAAUCCCAUCGCUACUGCCUGGACUCCUCGUUAGCUGGAGCAGUCCAGGAUGCUAAGGAGAGAUAUUUUGCUCGUGGUCCUGCUCCUGGUCGCCUUGUGGAGGAGCGGAUCGGCGGGGGUUCCGACCCCGCUAAGGCUGGCGGCGACGGCAGGAGUAGCUGCACAUAGCCUUCGGGGGAGCUGGCGGUUGAGCAAUGGGAACGGCUCAUUGGUGCUCAGUGGGGAUGUCCCGGGGUGUGUGCACACCGCCUUACUCCGACAGGGUCUCAUCCAGGAUCCUUAUUAUAGAUUUAAUGACCUGGCCUACAAAUGGAUCUCCCUGGAUAACUGGACAUAUAGUAGAAAAUUCAAAACACCUUUCGAUGCCAGCAUCUGGCAAAAGGUGAGUUUGGUUUUUGAGGGAGUGGACACAGUAGCACAGGUUGUGGUCAAUAAUGCCACUGUUGGGAGGACGGACAACAUGUUCAACAGAUACAGCUUUGAUAUUACUGAUGCGAUCAAGGAGUUCAAUGUGAUUGAGGUUCAUUUUUUAUCUGCAAUUUGGUAUGCUGAGGAGCAGAGUAAAAUUCAUCAAGCAUACAGUGUGCCUCCUGAAUGCCCACCACCUGUGCAGAAAGGGCAGUGUCAUGUUAAUUUCAUCAGGAAGGAGCAGUGUUCAUUUAGCUGGGACUGGGGGCCCUCUUUUCCCACCCAGGGAAUUUGGAAGGAUGUUAGAAUUGAAGCAUAUAAUCUUUGUCACCUGAUCUAUUUCUCUGUGACUACUCACUAUGCACAAAACGCCAGGCAAUGGAGUCUCGAAAUAGAGUCGGAUUUUGAUGUCCUCAGCUCUGAGUCAGUUGCGGGUCUCGUGACAGUGAACAUUCCUGACUUGCAGACACGGCAGACGCUUGCUGUGCAGCUUCAUCCUGGGGAAAGUGGCAUUGCACUGCUCAUAAACAUCAGCAAGAGUGUGGCGCUGGAGACUUGGUGGCCAAGAGGACAUGGAAACCAGACUGGAUAUGACAUGACGACAACAUUCAUUCUAGGCGGAGGAUACAAGAUUGAGAAGUUAUCAAAGGUUUAUUUUCGAACAGUAGAACUUGUUGAGGAGCCCAUUCCUGGGUCACCUGGUUUGAGUUUUUAUUUCAGAAUCAACGGACUCCCUAUUUUUAUGAAGGGAUCCAAUUGGAUUCCAGCCGAUUCCUUUCAAGAUCGAGUCACCUCUAAAAUGUUAAGGCUCCUCUUGCAGUCAACGGUAGAUGCCAACAUGAAUACCCUUCGAGUUUGGGGAGGAGGCAUCUAUGAGCAAGAUGAGUUCUAUGACAUCUGCGAUGAACUAGGAAUCAUGAUUUGGCAGGACUUCAUGUUUGCUUGUGCCCUUUAUCCAACCGGCCAGAGCUACUUAGACUCAGUGAGAGCAGAAAUUACUCAUCAGAUAAAGCGACUAAAAUCUCACCCAUCUAUCAUUUUGUGGAGUGGGAACAAUGAAAACGAAGCAGCAAUUGCUUCCAACUGGUUCUCCAUUCCACGUGCGAAGAUGAACAUUUAUUCCAAAGAUUACGUGACACUUUAUGUCAAGAAUAUCCGAGAAAUUGUUCUUGCUGAGGAUCAGAGCCGUCCUUUUAUUACCUCAAGUCCUACCAAUGGUUUGGAGUCAGCAAAGGAAGGCUGGAUAGCCCAUAACCCUUAUGACACUCAUUAUGGAGAUACUCAUUACUACAGCUACCUAAGGGACUGCUGGGAUUGGACUACGUACCCCAGAGCACGCUUUGCCUCCGAGUAUGGCUUUCAGUCCUGGCCUUCAUUCAGUACCCUGGCACAGGUAUCAUCUGAGGAGGAUUGGUGCUACACAAGCAACUUCUCACUGCAUCGGCAGCACCACGCAGAGGGCAAUGACCAAAUGCUUCAGCAGGCAGCACUCCAUUUUAAGCUGCCUCAGAAAACAAACCCCCUCAAGAACUUCCAACAGACCAUCUACCUCACUCAGAUGAUGCAGGCUCAGUGCAUAAAGACCGAAACGGAGUUCUAUCGUCGCAGCCAAAGCGAGAUCAUCAACGGGGAGGGACGGACCAUGGGUGCCCUAUAUUGGCAACUCAAUGAUAUCUGGCAGGGCCCUUCUUGGGCAUCACUGGAGUAUGGAGGCAAGUGGAAAAUGCUCCAUUAUUUUGCCCAGCAUUUCUUUGCUCCCUUAUUGCCUGUGGCACAUGAAGAUGAUGAUGUCCUCUACAUAUAUGGUGUCUCGGAUCUUCACUCAGACUAUGAGCUGACACUCAAAGUCUUUCUGUAUGACUGGAGUUGGAUGGAGCCAGUGUGUACCUUGGCUAAAGAGGGUCUGGUCGUUAAGGCUGGGAGUGCUGUACCCAUCUAUAAGGAGCCAAUCGGUGAUCUUCUGAAAAGAUGUGGGAACUGCACCAGGCAAAGCUGCGUGGUCACCUUUUACCUUGAGGGUGAAAGCAAGCUCUUCAGUCCAAUGAAUUACCACUUCCUGUCCUCACUGAAGGAUGCAGUGGGAUUGGAGAAACCACAGCUUCAUGCUUCUAUUUCCCAAGAAGGGGAACAGUUCCAGCUUGUCCUGGAAACCAGAGCCAUUGCUCCUUUCGUUUGGCUGGAUGCCGGGAAUAUCCUAGGAAGGUUCAGCGACAACGGCUUUCUUCUCACAGAGAAGCGAAAACUCAUAUUGUUCUACCCUUGGGAGACCACCAGCGUCAACGAGCUGGAAAAGUCACUCAGCUUAACAUCCCUGUCAGAUAUUUCCUGAGGAAAGCACUGCAGAAACAGAGAAAGGAGGCUGAAUGGAAAUGGGAAGCUUUUGCGCGAAUUUCGGCAUCUAGAGAUUCACAAAAAUGGGACCAUUAAAUGUCAUUCUUGUCCAGC